GCGUCCGUGCGCGACGUGGAUGUGCGCCUGCGCAGAAACUCCGAAACUCCAGCGGCUGAAAAACUUCUCGACUGACACUAUGUUUGUGAGUGAUUUGAGUGCGUAACGUUUGCAGUUCGGCCCAUGUGAGAGCGCCUCGGCGGUUCGGGAAUGAGUCUGGCUCCGGUAAACCCGCUGCUGUGGUUCCGGGUGUGUGAUGAGGGCGAUCUGGAGAGCGCGCGGCGCGUUCUGGAGGACCCGGGCGGGUUCGGUCAUGUGGACGGGACCGAUGAGGAGGGCAACACGGCGCUCAUGUUCGCGUCCGCCGGAGGACACGAGCAGCUGGUUCGGUUUCUGCUGAGGAAGGGAGCGUCAGUGGACCGACGGAACCAUUACGGCUGGACGCCGCUGAUGCAGGCAGCGAGGUUCGGCCAUCUGAACGUGUCUCACAUCUUGCUGGAGAACGGCGCAGAGAUCAACGGCAGGAACCGGAUGGGCGCCAGCGUCCUGACCAUGGCGGCGCGCGGCGGUCACGCUCACGUGGCCAAACUCCUGCUGGAAAACGGCGCCUUCGUGGACGACUUCGACCACCUGGCGGCGGCGGAGGGAAACGCCAGCGGGAACAACAACGUCCACGGCGACAACGGCAAGAAGUUUCUGGAGAUCACGCCUCUGCUGGCCGCCGCUCAGCACGGACACGAGGCGGCGGUCAGGCUGCUGCUGGAAUGGGGCGCGGACGUGAACUUCUGUCAGAAGAGCACGGGCUGGAGCGCGCUGAUGCUGGCGGCGGCCGGCGGGAUGGUCGGCGUGGCGCAGCAGCUGGUGGAGCGAGGAGCGGACGCCGAUCACCUCAACGUCCUGGGCAAGACGGCGUUCGAGGUGGCGCUUCAGCUGCAGCACAAAGAGGUGAAGAACUACCUGGACUCCAUCACCACCGUACGGCCACAGCCAGAUGAUGAGAAGAAACGGCCUGAUGUCUUCCAUGCACUGAAGUUGGGAAACGCCCAGCUGGUGAAGGAGAUCGUGGAGGAGGACGCAUCUCAGGUGAACGUCUCGAACGCGGACGGCGCGUCUCCUCUGAUGAUGGCGGCGGUCAGCGGGCAGCUGGAGGUCGUGCAGCUGCUGGUGGAGAAACACGCAGACAUGGACAGACAGGACUCGGUGCACGGCUGGACGGCGCUCAUGCAGGCCACGUAUCACGGGAAUAAAGACGUGGUGAAGUUUCUUCUGAAUCAAGGCGCUGAUGUCAACCUGAGGGCCAAGAACGGAUACACGGCCUUUGACCUCGUCAUGCUCCUCAACGACCCCGACACUGAGCUGGUGCGGCUGCUUGCGUCCGUCUGCAUGCAGGUGGAGAAAGAAAAGAGCAAACACAGAGGAAAAUCAACCGUAAAGAGACGGUCGUCUUUAAACGUUCCUCUUCCUCCUGAUGAAAAAGGCGGCCUGAAGUCCUGGUGGAAUCGCAUGUCUAACCGCUUCCGCAAACUCAAGCUGACGCACACGCUGAGACACGGGCUCUCCACCAACCGGCUCGCUCCGUUUCCCGACGAGGUUCCUCUGGACGCCACCAUGAAAGCGGAGGCCGGCGGUGACGCGGAGUCGAACGCAGCUGCAGCGCCUCCUGCCGGAGCUCCGAGCGCGGACGUCUGCACCGCGUGGACCAGCAAGAGUAAAGACUGCGGUUUGAAUGGAACAAGAAGCGGGAAAGAUGACUUCCUCAUCACGACAAUGCUGAGGAACGGCGCGCCGCUCGCUCGUCUGCCCAAUGAGAAGCUGAAGGCCGUCAUCCCGCCCUUUCUGCCGCCGUCGAACUUUGAGCCGUGGAACUCGGAGCGCUGCGGAGCGGCGAAGGACGGUCGGAGCGGAAACGCGCCGCAGAGACCCGGCAGGAACAGCUGCGCCAACUCUGAUAUAACGUCCAUUAGUCGAGUGGUCAGCAGGUCCAUCAAGUUUCCCAGCAUCACUAAAGGCCCCUCCCCCUCCAACUCGGGCAGUUAUAACUCCGCCCACUCCUCAGGUGGAUCCAAUGGUGUGGGAGGAGUCAACCGACACGCCUCCGACUCCCACAACCGCUCAGGUGGCAGCGGUGCGGACAGCGUUCUGUCUCAGAUCGCGGCUCAGAGGAAGAGAGCAGCCGGUCUGUUGGACAGCAGGACGCCGGCCGCCGCUGAGAUGCCCGGUCUCGUACCGACGCCGCUGCCCUCCGCGCCCGACAUCAGCCUGACCGACCACAGCGACGGCCACUCCAGACGGGUGUGUGCCAGUGCCGCUGGAGCGCCUGCGUGUGUUCUUGUCUCUGUGUGUGUGAGACGUUCUGAACCUCACUGUGUGGGUCUGUUUCAGAAGCUGGAGUUAAAGAAGCGUCCUCAGUCGGGAAACUCGUCCACGUCUAAGAGCACGUCGCCCACGCUCACGCCCUCUCCGUCACCCACACCCAAACCGCCCGCCGCAGACUCGCUGUCAUCCGCGUCCACACAGCCCAGAUCCAAGAGCAGCGGCGGCUCCAGCAGCGGCACCAUCACGGACGAGGAUGAGCUAUCGGGGAUUCUGAGGAAACUUUCUCUGGAGAAAUAUCAGCCCAUCUUUGAGGAGCAGGAGGUGGACAUGGAGGCGUUUCUGACUCUGACUGACGGAGACCUGAAGGAGCUGGGAAUCAAAACGGACGGGCCGCGGCAGCAGAUACUGGCGGCCAUAUCAGAGCUGAACGCUGGGAAAGGGAGGGAAAGGCAGAUUUUGCAAGAAACCAUCCAUAACUUCCAGUCGUCGUUUGGCAGCAGUGCCAGCAACCCUCGACCGGCGGGAUAUCCACGCUCUCCGUCAGGCUGGAGUCGCCACCAGCUGCAGUCGUCCAGCAGACGGUAACGCCGGUCCAGAUGAAGAUGCCUCCCUCCCUCCUGUGUGUCUGAGUGACAGCCGUCAUUCAGAGGAAGGUCAGGGCUGCUAAAUGUGCUGAUGGUGCAACGCCCUCUUCGUACACCAGGGGGCGACGUGGCUCCGUGAGCGAGCGAGGGCAGGUCAGCCACUAGCGAUCGUGAGAUUCGGGUCAUGAACGACUGAACCUUAACUAUUUCAGCCUCUAACAUGAAUGUAAAUCAGUCUGCUGGGUUAGAAGACUUUGAGCAGAAUGAAGUUUUAUAUGGUGUUUGUGUCUCUGAACAUAUGAACUGUUCAAGAUUGAUGAAGAAACAAGAGGAUGAUGGGAGAAGACGUUUAUCUGUUUGGUCUAAGUGCUGUAGUUGUCAUUAUUAUUUUGUGUUUUUGUAUUUAUGAAGAGUUUUUAAGCACAUCAGUAAUCCAUUUAGUUUCAGAAUCUUUCACUGUUGUGAAACCGUUUCGUCAUCUUACAGUGGAAUUAAAGAUUCAUCAACAGUC